AUGAAAAGGCUGAUGGCAGUGGGGUCUGAUCUGCGCAGCAGUGCACCAGUAAGCACGCAGGGACACUCCCUACUCAGCAAGCUCACGCAGCACAAUGACCUACCUUCCUCAGGCACCCUCGAUAUAACAGUCAGCUCCAAGGGCGCCACCAGAAUAGGGGAGUGGGAGGAGGAACAGGACUGUGCUCCACCAAAGAUUGAAUGGCAGCGCCUUCCCAGGCACAGGUGCACCAUGAUGGAAAAGAUCUGCAUUGACCAGAAUCGCUUCAUUGCGUUUGACAAUGAGCACCUGCGGCCCGGUGCGACCUUUGAGAGGGGCAGGCGCUUCUUUGAGCCCUUGUCAACCCACAACAUUCCUGGGUACCCUGACAAUCUCCAGGGCACAAAGACAGCCUGGUUCCCGGUCAUGGCGCGCGCCAACUCAUCAAAGGACCCCCCGGACAUCAGGGACCCCACCUUCCAGAGGUGCAGGGUCCCCCUCAUCUGGUGGCCCUGGUGGGCAUUCAACCCCUCGGACUUCUACCUCAGCAGCGUGGUGCAGCUGGAACGCCUCCAGAGGGAUGGCAUUGUGGAUCGCGGGGUCCAGUUUGUUCCUGUUCUGGACGGCCUGGAAAGCAUGCCCUUCCACAGCUGGUUUCUCUCGCCCUUCUCUGACCACAAGCACUGCUUCUGGAACUGGCCACCAGACAAAUCCUGGCUGGACGGCCUGCAGCCAAGCUCUGUCGCGCACCAGGUGGCGCUGAUAGAGCGACUCACACAGAGGCGCAUCCUGAACUUGGAGGAGGUGACUCAGCGCUGCAGAGGGCUCGCCCCAGCAGACGGCAGCGCCCUCACCUGCACCGUCAUCAGCUUUGAUGACAUCAUAGACUACCCUGCCCUGCUGCGCGAGCUGCAAACCAUCGACAUCCUGGUGGGCAUGCAUGGGGCCGGCCUGGUGAACUCCUACUUCAUGCGGCCAGGGACCGCCUUUGUCGAGAUCUUUCCCUGCGACUUUGGCACGGAGCACCACCGGUAUUACUACUGGCAUCCCAGCCAUGUGGAGGCUCAGACCUACGCUUUCCAGCUGUACACCAAGGACCCUGCCCGCUGCAUGCCCAGCCCUCUUGCAUCUAAACCUGAAGCGCUGAACCACGAGAUGGGCCCGGAGUUUGUGCGCCAGACACUGGCUCGAGACCAGGACAUAAUUCUGGACUUUGAGGCACUGGCAGACAUGCUGUCCAGAGUGCUGCCAGUGCUGAAUGGCACCUCUGCAGAUUUCAGGGCCCAGCUGGAGAGAGACCCGGGCUACUUUGUCAUCGGGCAGGAUUCGUAG